AUGGAGGCAUCAUCUUCAGAUUACAGCGAUGAAGAGGUAGGCGUGUUGGCCCGUGGACAAAAACUUUGGGUCCGGGGUGUUCGCGCACAUACCACGUGUGCUGACAUCGUCCGAGCAUUACAAGGCGCGCCUGAAGCUGGAGGUUUGAGUGAUCAAGGCGAAUGGGUUUUAGCAGAGCGAUGGCGAGGGGUUGAACGACCUCUACCACCAGAUAUCCCAGUCUUACACGUCUUAGCUGCUUGGGGAGAUGCUAGACAUGAGGUUCGUUUGUCCCUUCGGCGUUUGUCGAGUGGCGGCGAAGACGAUUCCGGUCGUGACAGCGAUGGCGGCAGUCGAGCUAGAUCUAGAAGAAGGAAGAAAGGCGUACGAGCUGCUACUCCACCCCCUAGAUCUAAAAGCGAAGACCCUGCAGCAAAACUAGUGUCUGUGAUUCAGCACCAGAGCAGAACAAUACAUCAGCAACUCGACAAACUUAGGGAACAGGAAAAACUGAUCGACCAUCUAGAAGACCAGACGCAUAAAAAUCGAAUGGAGAAACACGGAACCAAUUAUCUCCUCGAAUCCUACCUCCGGGAUUUGGGAAGAUCCAGCGAACAGAAUGAUAGUCAAGCAGGCAAUAGCGAUAGCGGUGUUGGGGUAGGCAGUGGAACACCUCCAAGAAGGCAUACCAAACACAAAUCCAGAAGAGAAAGGCACCUCAUGAGAGAACAUUACUUCACUAAAGAACUCACAGAUAUCUGUCAAGUAAAUUCCGAAAGACUAAUGCAAACAUCGAACGACACAGAUUCAGACGUCUCAGCAGAUGAAUUAUCGCGGAUAAGAGAAGAAAUCGAGCUAUUAGAAAAACUGGCGAUUAUAAACAAAAGAUUACAUCGUGAAGAGGAACUAGUCGUGAGACUAACGGCGAAAGUAAAACGGUACGUGGACGAGAAUAAAGCGAAUAGCUGCGAAAACGUGUCCCAAGUAACGAUGCUUAUGAACAAAAUUGAGGAAGACUUAGAAAAAACAACGAAAGAAAUGCAAGAAAAUACAAUGGAGAUAGAAAAAGCUGACAAAGAAAUUGAGUUCAGAAUGAAACUUUUGGACGAAUUGACGAUAGAAUUGGAAAAAGAGGAAUUACAGAAUACGAUAUUAGAAAGGCAGUUGCACGAAGCGUCGAGUCGACAACCGAUUAUUCUGCAAGAGAGCUACAUUCCUGUCCUGGACCAAACAACCACGAGCCAACCGAACUUCAAUUACAGUGGCAACGGCUACGUUUUAGACACUCUUGUAUGACAUAGAAUAAGAAAUAUCGAAUCAGUCCAAAGAUCUGCUUUGUAAUUACCAAUAGCUUCCAGUUAGAAGAGUGAUCAUUUCCCAAAAUCGUCCCAAAAUUAAAUUAUAGAAUUUAAGUUACGUUAAGUUUAUAAUGAAUGGUGCUAAGUUGUUAUAUAGA